CAAAUGUCGGAAGGCCCGAGACGGAAAGAAGCCACGGUGACAACGACGCCAGUGGGUCGACAUGUGGUGCCGAAGCUGCCAAGAAGAAAAGAAGGCGAAAGGGAGUCCCGGAGGCUAAUCGAUUAAUCCUCCGGGACUGCUGCCAUGCGUACGUGUCUGAGUCGUAUCGUCCAAUAUGAUACGGAUUGGCAUUUAUAGCUGAGACCAACAUAUAUAUGACUCGGCGUCAAGUAUUUGUCUUCGCUUCUUGCCUCCGUGCCACGAUCACUGUUAAUCAUACUCAUUUUAAUUCCCACCUCCAUUUUCUUCUAUUGCACUCGAUUUUAGUGCCUCGAAUAAGUACUACAAGGACCCAGAGGGCACCUAUAGUCCACUCGCAGCAAGGUGGCCUACUAUCCCUCUGUGCAGUUCACCCCUCUAUUUCAGGUGAGGCGCUGCGCGUACUCGCCCGAAACCUCUCGUUCGGCCUCGUCAUAGUAUUUACCUCCAGUGUCUGUCUAGUACAUUGAUGGUCAUCUCUUCCCUUGAUCACGUCUAAGUGAAGAUAAAAAAUGCAAACAAGAUGGGACU